ACCAGAAGAACCAGAACCUCCACAGAUCAAAGAGGAACCACAAGAACUAGAACCUCCACAGAUCAAAGAGGAACCACAAGAACUAGAACCUCCACAGAUCAAAGAGGAACUAGAACCUCCAGAGAUUGAGGAAAACAAUGAACUGGGUAUCAGCCAGGAGGCAGAGGAGCUUCCACUCAAGUUUGAAAGUCUUGAGGAGCAAAAUUACCUGAGUGAACCAGAAGUACCGGACACUAAUCAGUUCCUCUUUUGUGACUCUGAAGUCCACGAUGUGAAGAAAUAUAAUAGCUCAGAAUCAAUGAUAAAUACAAAGCUUAAAAAAAAAAUCAGCACGUUUCAUAGUGAGCGUGUGGAAAACUUUCCUGUGUCGGAGAAGCAGGCUGAAUGUGAAAAGCUUCUCUGUGAGGAAACAACUGCUGAAACUGUCAUUAAAAAACGUAAAAAAUGUCACAAUUUAGAAACUGUUACUUAUAAGAAGAAAGUUUGUGAAAUCUUUAGGGAAAGUUUCAACCAAAAUAAUGAUUUGUUGGUCCACAAGAAAACUCAAACAGGUGAGAAGCCUUAUUCUUGUGAAACAUGUGGGAAAAGUUUCAGGAAGCAAAACUAUUUGUUGGUCCACAUGAGAACUCACACAGGUGAGAAGUCGUAUUCUUGUGAAACAUGUGGGAAACGUUGCAUUCGUUUGAGUAAUUUUUUGGACCACAUGAGAAUGCACACAGGUGAGAAGCCAUAUUCUUGUGAAACAUGUGGAAAAUGUUUCAGUUACCAGACUCAUAAGUCGCGCCACAUGAGAACUCACACAGGGGAGAAGUCGUAUUCUUGUGAAACCUGUGGUAAAAAUUUCAGUCAAGGGAGUCAUUUAUUGACCCACAAGAAAACUCACACGGGUGAGAAGCCACAUUCUUGUGAAACAUGUGGGAAACGUUUCAGUCGUUGGAGUAAUUUUUUGGUCCACAUGAGAACUCACACAGGUGAGAAGCCGUAUUCUUGCGAAACAUGUGGAAAAUGUUUCAGUUGUCAGACUCAUAAGACGCGCCACAUGAGAAUUCACACUGGUGAGAAGCCGUAUUGUUGUGAAACAUGUGGAAAAUGUUUCAGUCGUCAACGCAAUAAGUUGGUCCACAUGAGAACUCACACUGGUGAGAAGCUGUAUUCUUGUGAAACAUGUGGAAAAAGUUUCAGUAACCCCUCUGGUUUGAGACAACACAAGAAAACUCACACAGGUGAGAAACCGCAUUCCUGUGAAACAUGUGGGAGAUGUUUCAGUCGUCGGACUAAUUUACUGAUCCACAUGAGAAUUCACUCAGGUGAGAAGCCGUAUUCUUGUGAAACAUGUGGACAAAGUUUCAGUCACCCCUCUACUUUUAGACUACACAUUAGAACUCAUACAGGUGAGAAGCCGUAUUCUUGUGAAACGUGUGGGAAAUGUUUCACCAGACAGAGUAGUAAGUCGAUCCACAUGAGAACUCACACUGGUUCACACUAUUCUUGUGAGACGCAGGAAAAGUUUCAGUGACCAGUCUUUUAGAAUACACUAGAAAACUCAGAUGGAUGACAAGCCGCAUUCCUGUGAAACAUGUGGACGUUUCCUCCUCCUUAGUGAUUUUUUUUACACUAUAUGAGAACUCACACAGGUAAGUCGCUGUAUUUUUCUCAGAAAUGUGAGAAUCGAUUUCAUCAUUGUUUAUUGUCCUGCCACAAUACGUGAAAGACUCGUCGGGAGGUGUCAUUCAUGAAGUUUAGCUUGAGCCCAAAAUCACAAUGUAUCAUCCGGUCCAAAGGAAAACCUAGUCUCACUCCAAAUGUUGUUAUACCUAUGUUAGUUCACAGCAUAUUUAUGUUGUCAUUUCAGAAAAGCACCUCAAAGUUGGUUACAUUGCUACAUUUCAUCUGCCCAGUCUUUCCUAUGGGCAUAACCUUAGAUCAAAUGAGUGUCGUCCCUCCGCCUGACUCCAAUGAAAAACAUGGCCAACAUUUGAAAUUGCUGUAUUUGAAGAUACUCUGUUUCUUUGCCUUCAUUUUGAUGACUUUUCCUUCCAUUUGGUUUAUGUACAUGAUCCGUCGUUUCUUCAUUUUGAUAUUCUUUCUUUCAGCUCAAUCAACAACACUGUGGCAAUGCUGUGAUUUUAGUUGAUUUUGCGUCACGGGCUGAAACCCAUUUUACAGUCGAUACAGAGCAGAUCUGGAGCUCCACAGGUUUGCCAUUCCCACCAGAUGCAGUUGCGGAGUGCAAGAGGGAACUGAGGACUGGCAUCCGGUCAUCUGUAGCAUGGUGAAUCCGUCAUCUUCCGUCCAAUCCUUUGCGUGUCGGCUGCUGUAUCCAGAAGAGACUCGCUGUCAGAUCAUUUUUCACUCAAGUUUCAGGCGCAUCAAACUUCAGGAUGAGUUUGGAUCAAUACAGAAAGCGGUACUGACUCUACAUUACCAGUUUUUGGUACUUUAGUGUGUGUUUCUGUCGUAAUAAAUGUUCAUUUAUUGCUGGCAGCAGAUGAGUCGCUAACAGAUGCUGUGCUAAUAAUUUUAUUGAAAAUGCACUUUACAUUUCAAUGAAAUCUCAAAGUGCUACAGCAGUACAGAGUUAAAACAACAACAAAUAGCAAGAGUUUGAAAUGCUUUACAAAAAUCAAAACAUCAAAACAAUGUUGUUGAAAGACUUCUAAUAGGCCUUUUUUAAAGACCUCCACACUUUGUGGAGCCCUCAUGGUCUCUGGGAGGGCAUUUCAGAGCCGAGGGGCAACUACCUGGAAGGCCCUGUGUCCCAUGGUGGAGAGUUUAGUCCUUGGUUGGUGAAGGCAGUAGGUGGAAGAGGAGGAGUGCAGUCUUCGUGUGGCGGUGUGGAUGGUGAGUAAUUCGCUGAGGUCGGCAGGGGCAGUUCCAUGGAUGCACUGAUGGGUGAAGAGGCAGAGUUUAUAUUGUAUUCUGUAUUGUAUGGGUAACCAGUGAAGGGACUUGAGGACAGGAGUGAUGUGAUCGUAUCUGCGCCUCCUCGUCAGGAUCCAGGCAGCACAGUUCUGAAUGUACUGGAGUUUUUGGAGGCUCUUGCCAGGGAUCCCGGCGAGGAGGGCAUUGCAGUAGUCCAAACUGGAGGAGACAAAGGCAUGGACCAACCUCUCAGCAUCUGGUUUGGAGAGGGAGGGACGGAGUUUGGAGAGGUUUUUGCGAUGGAAGAAAGAGACCUUGCAGAGGUGGCGGAUAUGGGUGUCAAAUGAGAGAUGAGAGUCCAAUUUAAUUCCUAGGUUUGUAACAGAGGUGGAAAGGGGAAUGUUCUGAUCCAAAAUGGUUAUGCUGUUGAGGGAGAGAGACUGGGUCUGAUGCAGAGUGCCUAUUAUGAUGGCUUCAGUUGUAUUGCUGUUGAAUUGGAGAAAGUUGGUUGCCAUCCAUGCCUUAAUCUCCUCCAGGCAGGCUUGAAAUGUAGCUGGCAGAGCUGAAGGGAUUGUGGAGUCCAUCUUCAUAUAUAACUGUGUGUCAUCGGCGUAGCAGUGGAAAGAAACCUUGCGUUUAUUGAAUAUCUGACCUAGGGGGAGAAUGUAGAUGGUGAACAGGGUUGGACCAAGGACAGACCCUUGUGGUACUUCACAGGUGACGGUGUGCGGUGAUGAUGUUGAUUGUCCAAGGGCCACAUGCUCUGUACUAUCGGUGAGAUAUGAUUUGAACCAGUUUAGUGCUGUACCAGAGAGUCCGACCGUGGUCUGGAGCCGAUGGAGCAGGAUGGUGUGAUCAACAGUGUCAAACGCGGCCGACAAAUCUAGCAGGAGGAGGAGGGAUGGUGAGCCCCGGUCUGCAGUCACCAGCAAAUCAUUGAUAACGCGGACCAGGGCCGUCUCUGUACUGUGAGAUUGGCGGAAUCCAGACUGAAAUUUUUCAUACAGAUUAUGGAGUUGGGUAUGAACAACUUUUUCCAGGGCCUUUGAUAUAAACGGGAGGGUUCAUACCGGUCUAUAAUGGACUAAAAUGCUUGGGUCGAGAGUUGGCUUUUUUAAAUGGGGGCGUAUAACAGCAGUUUUGAGAGGUGGGGGGACAUGACCGGAUUGAAGUGACUGACUGAUGAUGACAGUGAUUAAUGGACUGAUGGCAGAGAUGUUUGAUUUAAGUAACUGUGUUGGGAGAGGAUCCAGUGGGCAUGGAGAGGUCCUCAUGCUUUUUAGAACCCUCUCAACCUCCGACUUGGUGACAUCUGAGAAUAGAGGGAGAGUGUUCGGUAGUUCAGGGAGAGAAGUGCCCAAGAGAGGUGUGGAGAUCGGAACAGC